AUGCCUCCGUUUUGUUUUCUGCUUCUAACCGCCUCCAUCGCCGCAGUCUGUAGCGGUUUUCUAUCAGACCAAGGCGAAAAACAAUCGACAGUCUCGGUAUCAUCUUCGUCACCUAAUCAAAAUCGGCUACCUAAACAUGACAUUGACACUCUACACCAGAGGAAGCAAUUGCGCGUACAGUUCGUCCCCGCCACAGAAGACCGAGACGACCGUGAAAGUCGGAGCACUAUUUCAGGCACAGUUUUGAAAGAAAUCACUAAAUCUGGUUUGGAUGCAAUGCUAAAGGACGUUGACACGCGAGCUGCUAAUUUUGCGGUCUGGCAGCAGGCGGGGAAGCAAUUUAUUGACAUUUCGAAUCAUCUAAAGGAGAACUUUUCAGAGGAUGAGAAAUAUCUGGAAAUCGCGCAAUUCUACUUAUGGUGCGUAGAAAACCCGUCGUCUAGCAAUCUUUCUAGCGAAGAACUGAGGAAAAAGAUCUUGGCAAAGAUUACUGAGCAAACCCAGCCAAUUCCUGCUGCUCGUAGAAGCCGUUAUCUUCUGUACACACUGAGUCUGCUUGUGCUUUUGUGGCUGGUUAUGAAAUAA